UUGUUGACUUCCGGUACGCGAGAGUCGUGGGCUGCCCGGAGGGUCGGUAAUGGGGGUCCGUGGGGCCUUCGCCGUCUGUUUCGGAGCCAAGGCUCUGCCUUAGGCCCGACGCAGCCACCCACGGUUCGCACCUGGUGCCGACCCAGGUUGCCAGGAUGCCCCUCGGCACGGGGGACCCCGAUGAAUCGGUGCCCGAUUCGGGUGCUGUUUUCACAUUUGGAAAAACUAGAUUUGCAGAAAAUAUUCCAAGUAAAUUCUGGUUUAAAAAUGAUAUACCAAUAUGUCUUUCAUGUGGUGAUGAACAUACUGCUAUUGUUACAGGAAACAAUAAACUUUACGUGUUUGGCAGUAACAACUGGGGCCAGUUAGGAUUAGGAUCCAAGUCAACAAUAACCAAACCAACAUGUGUCAAAGCUUUAAAACCUGAAAAGGUGAUAUUUGUUGCCUGUGGAAGAAACCACACUCUAAUUUCAACAGAAAAAGGCAAUGUAUAUGCAGCUGGAGGAAAUAAUGAAGGGCAGUUGGGACUUGGGGACACUGAAGAAAGGAACACUUUCCAGCUAAUUAGCUUUUUCACAUGUGAGCAUAAGAUUAAACAGCUUGCUGCUGGAUCUAAUACUUCGGCUGCAUUAACUGAGGAUGGAAAACUCUUUAUGUGGGGCGACAAUUCUGAAGGACAAAUUGGCUUACAAGAUUUGACUAAUGUGUGUAUUCCUCAUCAAGUGACCAUUGGGAAACCUAUCUCAUGGAUCUCUUGUGGCUAUUACCAUUCUGCUUUUGUGACAACUGAGGGAGAACUGUUCACAUUUGGAGAAACGGACUCUGGGAAGUUAGGUCUUCCCAAGGAACUGCUGUACAAUCACCGAACACCACAGCAGGUGUUUGGAAUUUCUGAGAGGGUGAUUCAAGUAGCUUGUGGUGGAGCACACACAGUGGUUCUCACAGAGAAAUCAGUGUAUGCCUUUGGACUGGGACAGUUUGGUCAGUUGGGUCUUGGUACUUUUCUAUUUGAAACUUCAGAACCCAAAGCCAUUGAGAAUAUUAAGGACCAGAAAAUACGCUCUAUUUCCUGUGGAGAAAAUCACACAGCUCUAGUAACAGAUGUUGGUCUUAUGUAUACUUUCGGAGAUGGUCGACAUGGGAAAUUAGGGCUUGGAAUGGAGAAUUUUACCAAUCAGUUCAAUCCCACUCUGUGCUCUAACUUCUUCAGAUUUGUAGUUCAACUGGUUGCAUGUGGUGGAUGUCACAUGCUAGUUUUUGCAUGUCCACGCGUUGGAAUGGCAGAAGAAAUUGACUUUGAUAAAUUGGAUGAUUCUUUCAGAUCAACUGUCAGUGAUCUGGUCCGAGGUAGUUCACUGCAGAGAACUUUAUCAGCACGUUUACGCCGAAGAGAGAGGGAAAGAUCCCCGGAUUCUGUGCAGGCGACACAAGUGCUCACCUUGCGGGAAGAUACUUUAUCAUCACGCACAUGUUUUCCAAAUGAUCCAGGUUCUUCCAAUAUGCUUCCAAGUACUCUGCAAAACAAAAUAACUGACAGAGAGGGCCCCAUGGAACUUGAGGAACUGGGUGAUGCUCAAGAUCAAAUGCCUAUAGAAAACGAACCAGAGAAUUCUGCUGCUGAUUCCGAAAGCCUUGGAGAAACUAAUGAUAUCUUAAAUAUGACACAUAUGAUGAGCUUAAAUUCUAAUGACAAGGCAUACAAGUUAUCACCAAUUCAAAAACAAAAGAAACAAGAAACAGAUGAGACACUGAAUCAGCAAAGCGGUAAUACCGAAAAUGAUGAUAGUACUGAAUAUGAAAGUCAAGAGAUGACCCCACCUAUGAAAGAAGGGAGCACAUAUAAACAACUUUUGGCAACAGGAAUAUACAAGAUGCCAAUAUCUGCAUCUGUGGAAGAAAUUUCAGAUGAGGAAGUAGGUGAUGAUGACCCAGACCAGUCCAAGGUGCAAUCUGAGACUAAUGCAGAGGCUUUGGAUAAAAAUCCACUUACCCAAGCAAUUAAGUAUGACUAUAAUCCAAGUGGUAGCGAGGAAGGAGCACAGGAAGGUGAAGAACACAGUUCUAAGUGUUCAGAUACCGAAGAAGCAGUCUUUGAGCAGGGAAGUGAGCAGAUCCAAUUGCUAAGUCCUGUGAAGGAGGAGAUAAGACAGAAUGAAGAGAGUUUUGAAAGCAUUGAUGCAUUUAUUGAUGACUUACCAAAGACAGACUUAAGUAUCGAGGAUGAAGAAACUAAAGACUAUUCUUUAGAAGGUCAAUUGAGCAAGCAAGACAUUGACAGUGAAGGGGAUUCUCUAGAGGAGCCAGAGUGUCACUUGAGAGGUGAAGUUGAAAGCCAGAUGGGCAUACUUGGUGCCUUUUUGCAGCCCAAAUCACUAGGCUUUAGUAGUGGAAAGGAAAAGGAUGGUGAAUUGAAAACUAAUGAAAACCUAUGGUCUAGGAGACAAUAUCCCGGGCGAGCCCAAGAAGAGCCUGAACCCACACUGUGCACAUUCAUGGCAAAAUAUAGUUUUCAGUCUGACCAUUUAUCAAAGAUUCCAGAAGAGAAGGAGGGAUCAGAGGAUUCUGAUGAAAGUGGAAUAGAUGAGCAAGAGAUAGAGACAAAUGACGAUUUGGAGGACUCUGAAGAAAAUGAUGAGAAAACAGAUAACUUGUCAGAUGACCUUACAGAGAGAGCAGAGGUGAGUGAAAGUGAAGGAAAGUCAAGGGGAGAGACCGAGAAUGUGUCUGAGCAAUUCUGGAAGGAGGGUAAUUCAGGAGUGGCACAGAGGCAAAGUAAGGAGGGAGAGGAGGAGGAGAAAAACAAGGGAGGAGAAGGAGAGAGCUUGGAUAAAAGAGAGAAAGACCUAGAAAGGGAGAAAGACUCAGAGCAUAUAGAAAUAAACCAAAACUGUCAAGAGGAAAGAAACAAAGGGAUGGAGAAAGAGAAGGAAGGUGGAGAAGAGGGAGAAGGGGAAGAAGACAGAGAAGGGUUAGAUGGAGGAGAGGAAGAUGAGGAGGGGGAGGAGGAAAAAGAAGAGGAAGAGGAAGAAGAUGGAGGAGCGUGGGAAGAAGAAGUAGAAGAGGAAGAGAAAGAGGAGGAAGAAGAGGAAGAGGAGGAAGAGGACGAAAAGACAGAGGGAGGAGAGGAGGGAAGUAAAGGAGAGGGAGACAAGGGAGAAGGGAAAGGGGAGGAAGAAGAAGGGAAAGAAGAAGGUGCAGAUGAGGAUGACAGAGAGUGGGAAGAGGAGGGGGGCGGUGAGGAAGAAGAGGUGGAAGGUGAGGAAGAAGAGGUGGAAGGUGAGGAAGAAGAGGUGGAAGGUGAGGAGGAAGAGGUGGAAGGUGAGGAAGAGGUGGAAGGUGAGGAAGAGGUGGAAGGUGAGGAGGAAGAGGUGGAAGGUGAGGAGGAAGAGGUGGAAGGUGAGGAAGAGGUGGAUGGUGAGGAAGAGGUGGAAGGUGAGGAGGAAGUGGAAGAAGGGAAAGAGAAAAAGGAAGAGGAAUGGGAGGAGGAGGAAGAGGGAGAGGAAGGGGAAUGGGAGGAGGAGAGGGAAGAAGAGGAGGAAGGGGAGGAUAGCGAAGGAGAGGGGAAGGAACUACGAGUGGGAGGGGAGGAACAAGAAGGUGGAGGCCAGAAAAAGACUCGGGAGGAGAGGGAAGGGGAGGGAGAAAAUGGGAGAGAAGAAGAGGGGGAAGAAGAGGACAAUGAGGAAGAGGAAAGAAGAUACCAGGAGACAGGUGGUAAGGUGAGUGGAAGGCAGCGAAGACAGGGUGAAGGAAAAGAUUCCCCCAAAGUGAGCAAAAUCAAAGUCUCUGUAAAAUAUGGCAAAGAUAAAGCAUAUACAGAAAAACUUACUCCUAAUACAAGGGGCAAGGGGAAAGACCAUGAAGGACAGAGGUUCCAAAUGCCAGUGCAGUCAAAACAAAUGUUACAAAGUAGACCACCAGGUUCCAAAACAUUCUGGAAUGAUGUUUUACCACAUUACUUGGAACUGAAGUAGCAAACUUUAAAUUUGUGAUUGACCAAAUUUUGGUCAAUCAGUUGGUGAAACUGAUUGUGUUUGAUCAAAUUGUUUGGUCAUCUUACAUGUAAUAGACAGUACUUUAUAUCAAAUUGAUUUUAUGUCAUGCUUAUGUGCAGUGUAAUGACUGAUAAAAACAAGAUGCUGGCAAAUUUGGAUCCUCUUAAACACUGGUAUAUUCCCUUCCUCCCCAAAUUAUAAAUUUCUAACUGGAAAAAUAAGAGGCUUAAAGCAUAUAAUCAAUAUUACAUAUUCCUCAUUAAAGACUGAUUUAGAAUCUAGGGGCAAUACUCUAAGAAUUUUGUUUGUAUAUUAAAAUCAGUUCCAUUAAAAGUGGCACAGGUCCUUCCUAUGGGCUGUUAAGCAUCUAAUCUUUCAUAUUAAUAUCUUAGUGUAUUUUUUUCAGGUUGUGAUUAUAAUUUGCCUGCCACAUAGAAUAAAUUUUAUCAUAGUGGAUGGUAUUCUACAGCAAAAAAAUGGGUGCAAAGGACAGCUGGGUUCAGAGUUUAGAUCCUAAUAAGUUCUCUUUAAUUGCUGUCCAAGCUCUUGAGAGUGUAUCAGAGGUAAUGGAGAUUAUAACUUAGACAUAUGUUUUAUACAAAGUGUUAAGCAUUUAUUGGCUAGGCAGAAGUGACUCAUUAAAUCUUAGUUUCCUCACCUGUAAAGAGAAUGCAUUGGAUCAUUUGAUAACUAUAGCUUCUUCUAACUCUUAGGCUCUUUCAUUUGAACAGCAGAUUUACUUGGUUGUGCAUUUUAUUCUAAAAUUUUUAAGGAAGAAAAAUUGUGCUUUAACCAGUUUUUCAUAGAAUAUUGUUCUUAAAGAUAGUUUAAAUGUCUUUUGUCUUCUGUGUUUCUAAACUAUGACUUUCUACCUCUAACUGCGCUGUCAAAACUUUGUUUGCCAGUAUUUGU